GUUUCUUCCUUACAAGAGAGAAAGAAAAGGGGUUGGAAGAUGAACUUUAAUUUAUUUUCUUCCUUACAAGAGAGAAAGAAGAGGGGUUGGGAGAUGAACUUUAAUUAGGGCAAGUUCUGGUAUCUGUGGGUUUCGUUCUAAUCAGGAGUGGAUUAGGGCUAAUGGUUUUAAAUGCUUUUAUCAUAUUUUGGUUGAUUAAAUGACAUUGCUUAGUGCAUGUUGUCUUUCUUUUGUAUGUGGUUUACCUCAAUGAUACAAUCGAUCAGUAGGGUUGUUUUCAAUUGUGAAUUUGAGGUAGGAAAGAAACUAGGUCUUUGAUGUAAAAGUUGAAUCCUUGUCUACUUCUAGUUGCAAAGAAUUUAGUAUUUUACCCUUGUCUUAAUCCAAAAUGAGCAUUUUGUAGAUUGCGUAGGUAAUUUUUUUUUUUUUUUUGUGUUUUAUGGUAGUGCUUUCACUUGGGAGCUGGGAUAUUGGUUGGAGAUUUUACAUUUGGCAGUAGGAUGAAAGCUAAUCAACGUUACAACUGGCGAUGGAUGAGAACCUAGUUUAUUAAGAAAUUAGCACAUUUAGUUUUUAAUUGGUGAUUGAUGAAUUAUUGUUUUGAAUCUUCUGAAGCAGGAUAAUAAAUGGCUGGUGCAUCCUCGUCGCUGAAGGAAUAUUUGAAAAGAUAUCAAGAUGGGAAUGAGGAAGAGGACAAAAAGAAAAAGAAGAAGAAGAAGAAGGCUAAACAGGUUGAUACUGGUGUAGUUGUUGUUGAUGAAGAUCCCAUAUGGCAAAAACCAGUGAGAAUUGAAGAGGAAGAGGAGAAUGAUUCAGCCGAUGAAGAGAAGCCCCUGGUUGAUGAGGACAUUGAAGUCAAACGAAUGAAGAGAUUGGAGCUACUUAGAGCUAGACGUCCUUUUGGCUCCAUAUCUGAGGAUGGAAGUGGUUGGGUUUCAAUCUCUGAUGCUCCUAAAACAUCAAACUUUAGUGACAAAGUCUUGGAUAUCUCACCACCACGUAGGCGGAGGGCUGACACACCAUCUCCAGAACAUGAUCUGAGGUCAUCUAGCGGACGAGAUGCUGAUCUGUCACCACCUCGUAAAAGAAGAGUUCGGAAUGAUACACCUUCUCCAGAACCCAUGCUAAGGCCUCCUGGCACAGGUGAUGCUGAGUCGUUGCUAGAACGGACACGUACAACUCGAAACGAUUCACCUUCACCAGAACCUGAUUGGAGAUCAAGAGCAACAGGUGCAGAUUUCUCACCUCCUCGGCAAAGACAGAAACAUUACCUAAAAGAAAAGGAUGAAAGGGAUAUUUCUCCUCCUCGUAGGAGAAAGGCUUCAUAUGAUACUUCAUCAUCAAAAUCAGGGUUUGGACCUUCGGAGUCUCGUAGAGAAGUUGUGAAUCUUUCACCCCCACGACGGCAAAGGGUACGCCAUCUGUCUCCAUCGCCAUUGACUAGGGAAGAAACAUCAAGCCCUGGAGAUCCAGAUUCUGACCUCUCUCCUCCCCGUCGCUUUCAUCAAGAUCAUUUGCAUACCUCUCCAGUGGCAGAUCUUUCACCUCCAAGGAAAGGUAGGAAGGAUAGAUAUGUAUCAAGUGAUCUCUCUGCUCGACAGGCCACUCAGCACUUGAAUGAGAAUGAUGCUGUACAAGCAUCCUCUGCUUUAGACCUUUCUCCUCCAAGAAAAAGGAAGGAGAAAUCUCCAACUUCAAAGCAGCAGGUGAAAACUGGUCUAGUUACUGGGCAAGACCUCAAAGAAGAAAUCGCUAGAAAGAAGAAAGAAGAUAUGUUGAGGUUUAAAGAAAUGGAUCCUUCUAUAAGUGGUCGUGGUGCUGAACCUGUCUAUCGUGAUAAAGUAACAGGUAAGAGAAUGUCAAAAGAUGAGUUCUUAAAAUCGCAAAAGAAGGAAGAGAAGCCCAAGGAAGUCAAAUUGGAAUGGGGUAAAGGAUUGGCACAGAAACGAGAAGCUGAAGCAAGACUGCAGGAAUUAGAGAGCGAGAAAGACAAACCAUUUGCAAGAAGAAGAGAUGACCCUGAACUUGACAGAAUGCUCAAGGAAAGAGUCAGAUGGGGUGAUCCUAUGGCACACUUGGUCAAGAAAAAGCAGUUUGGGCCAGUUAUGGAAGAUUUAGGUGAUGAUGAGAAGAUGAAAGAAUCAGGUUUCAUCAUUCCUCAGGAAAUCCCCAGUCACAGCUGGCUAAGAAGAGGAUUAGAUGCUGCACCAAACCGUUAUGGUAUUAAACCAGGGAGACACUGGGAUGGCGUUGAUCGCAGCAGUGGUUUUGAGAAGCAAAUGUUUAAGAGAAUGAAUGAGAAACAAGCUACAGAGAGGGAGGCCUACUUGUGGUCUGUGUCUGAUAUGUGAGGACUAAUAAUAUCAGCAUCAUGUGAUACUGAUGGUUGAAACUGUAGAACAGAUGCGGAUAAGGGAUUUACCAGGAGCAUUGGAUGGUAAAUCAACACAGGAAAAAGUUGGUUUCUUCUUUUCUCCAACAAGUUUAUCCUAGAUGUGAGAUAGAGGUAUAUUUCAUUCGAAGAAAUUGAAAGGAAUGCUUGGAAGCAGUUGCCCGUUUGGAAUUUUUGCUGUUUCUUUUUUUCAGAUUUUGAUUUUUUACUAGCUUAUUGAUGUGGAGCAUCUGGCCAAAAAAAAAAAAUUAUAAUUUGCUACAAGCUGAAAAGUAUCUCUCUACGUUCGAUGAUUCUUGGCAAAUAGUACGUCUUACCAAGAUGAAGUUAGUUGGUUUGCUGGUCCCCAGAUAGAUGGAUUUUUGAAAGUGUAAAUCUAUGAGACCAUUUUGCUUCACGUGGAUUUAAUUCGAGGACAUUUGUAUUGUCCAGUAUUGCAUUUUGAAUCUGAUUUGUAGUUGACUGCACAGUCCAUGAGAUCUUUACUUGUGAAUUCUGUCUUCACCCUUUUGAGAAAAAUGGAAUACUUCUCAAAUUCUGUCUUCACC